GUGUUCCGCAAGGAUCUCAUUAGUGCCAUGAAACUACCAGAUUCUCACCAUGUCAACCCUGAAGAAUACUAUAUCUUUGCGGACACGUGGAAACAGGAAUGGGAGAAAGGAGUUCAAGUUCCAGCCAGUCCAGAAACUAUUCCACAGCCAUCUCUCAGGGUUGUAGCAGAAAAGGUGAAAGAAGUACUGUAUACACGACCCAGGAAGUACAUCCACUGUUCCAGCCAAGAGCCCUCAGAACCAGGCUACAUCAACAUUUUGGAACUGGCAGAAUCUGUGUGUCGCUAUGACUUGGAUGACAUGGACAUCUUUUGGCUUCAGGAGCUAAAUGAAGAGCUUACAGAAAUGGGAUGUGGGCCCCUGGAUGAAAACACGAUGGAAAAGACAAUUGAAGUGCUGGAGCGGCACUGUCAUGAGAACAUGAAUCACGCUAUUGAGACUGAAGAAGGGUUGGGUAUUGAAUAUGACGAAGACGUCAUCUGUGAUGUGUGCCGGUCCCCUGACAGUGAAGAUGGGAAUGACAUGGUGUUUUGUGACAAGUGUAAUAUCUGUGUCCAUCAGGCGUGCUAUGGAAUCUUAAAAGUACCCGAAGGGAGCUGGCUGUGUCGCACUUGUGUCCUGGGAAUACAUCCUCAGUGCCUCCUGUGUCCCAAAAGAGGAGGUGCAAUGAAAGCUACCAGGACAGGGACGAAGUGGGCACAUGUGAGCUGUGCUCUCUGGAUUCCAGAGGUUAGUAUUGCUUGCCCAGAAAGGAUGGAGCCAAUCACAAAGGUGUCUCACAUUCCUCCAAGUCGAUGGGCUCUAGUGUGUAGUUUAUGCAAACUGAAAACUGGUGCUUGUAUUCAGUGCUCUGUGAAAAGCUGCAUCACUGCCUUUCAUGUCACCUGUGCCUUUGAGCAUAGCUUAGAGAUGAAGACUAUCCUGGAUGAUGGGGAUGAGGUCAAGUUCAAGUCAUAUUGUCUAAAGCACAGCAAGAACAAACAGAAUUCGCUGCCCGAUGUUGAUGAGCACCCCAAGAGCGUGUCGGACCAGAAGCAGACAGAGAGCGAGAAAACCAGUUUGCGAGCCCAGAAACUCCGAGAGCUGGAGGAAGAGUUUUACUCACUAGUUAAAGUGGAGGAUGUUGCAGCAGAACUGGGCCUUCCUAAACUUGCUGUAGACUUCAUCUACAAUUACUGGAAAUUAAAGCGAAAAAGUAACUUUAACAAACCAUUGUUUCCUCCCAAGGAGGAUGAAGAAAAUGGCUUGGUGCAGCCAAAAGAAGAUAGCAUUCAUACUCGCAUGAGGAUGUUCAUGCAUUUGAGGCAGGACCUAGAGAGGGUAAGAAAUCUCUGCUACAUGGUAAGCAGGAGAGAGAAACUGAAGUUGUCUCACAGUAAAGUACAUGAACAGGUCUUCAAUUUGCAAGUCCAGCUCAUUAAUCAGGAAAUUGCUGCAGGCCAUACCCUGACAAGUGCACUAGAGAACACGCUGUUCUACCCACCUCCCAGGAUCACCCUGAAGUUAAAAAUGCCCAAAUCGGCACUAGGAGAUUGCAAAAAUAACUCGCUGAAGCCUGGCAACAGAGCGCUGUCUCCCGACAACAACAGCGCUGUGUACAGCAAGCGGAGCGUGCCAACGUCAAAGGAGUCGUUUGAAAUCAAAGCCAAGUCUUACUCCAGGUAUCAGCACGACAGCAGAAGUAACGGGCUGCUGGCAGGGAUCGGCAAGCCUCGGGGCGAGGCGAAGGAUUCCGGCCCCAUGCAGAUGCCGGAGUUUUACCGGGGCCAGACGUCUGGGAAGCCCUUAGCGCUCCAGGCUGCUUUGCACGGACAGUCUUCCAUUGGGAAUGGGCGGGUGCAGCAGGAGAACUCGAGGCUGGUGGCCAAGUCCAAUGGGCUAAUGGGCAGAGCUGGAGACGUGAGCCAGAGAGACAGCUCCAGCCAGACGCCCUACGAACAAGAGUCCAUGCUCACGGCUCACUUGGCCAGCCAGAGCGGUUUCAGAAAAUCCACCAUAGAACAUUUUAGCCGGUCCUUUAAAGAGGCUACCAACAGUCUAGUGAGGACCACAGAAGAUCUCCGGUGCUGUGAAAAGCCAACAAGACGACUUGCCACAAAAGACCGCUUGUGGAGCAAGCAAACGCUUGAAGGUGCUCCGUACCAGGACAACGACGGGUACUGUCCUGACUUAGAGCUGAGUGACUCUGAAGCAGAAAGUGAUGAAAACAAAGAGCAAGUGAGGUUAAGACGAAGUAGCUCAGAGAGAGAAAGCCCAAGUAAAGACUUUGGAAGAGAUUGUCACAAUAGAAAUAAGAAGAAUAUGAUUUCUCACAGUUCGGUACAAAGGUGA